AUGCUCUCCGCUAUCGUGAUCGCUUUUGAACCAACCUCAGCUAGGACCAUCCCCACUUUGGCAAUCGCAAAGACAGUGGCUGCUCGAGAAUUCGCCCUUCUCGCCAGGAUAGUGUAUUCGCCGCUGACCUGGCGAGCCAAAAACAACGCAAUGGACGAAGAAAACAUGGUGCGCCCACCUCGCUUCUUGUCACUGUCGCAAGUUUGUUCCACUAACUUAGGGCUGGGAACGCAGCACCGCGCGUCAACUCGGUCGCGCAUUCCACAGGCUGGUCUUCGAGAACUGAAUCCUGCUACCGCCAACGCGCGAUCCGGCAUGUCAGGUAUCCUGCCGCCAGGAACCAUUGCGAAGAAAGCCCUUUCUCCAACUCGGACGAAGCCAGCGGCCACAACUGAAGUCAAGAGGGCAGGCCCUACCACUCGGUCCGCAAUGGGCGCACCAAAAGCGCAUACUCGCGGUAACUCCUACACCUCUUCCACGACAACACGAUCCGGGUCCACCGCCUCUCGAUCAAACAUGAGCAGUUUCUCGAAUACAAUGUCAUACGGAUCUCGCCCUGCAUCAGCCAUGGCGCGACCACAAACCUCUCUCGGAACGCGCAAACUUCAUAGUACCUCCACCGCGACAGCGCGCCCAGCCACCUCUUUGGAACAUCAUGCCGAUGACCAUGCCGGAACCGUCCUUGGGAAAAGAAAGGGUAUGACACAAUCCAUCUACUAUUCCCUGCGUCAUGAAUCGAGCCAUAUUGGAGAACCCGAGUCAAUGUUUCCUGAUCCCCACCGGAGAGGCCGGGCCAACCCUGAGUUCUCAACCCCAGAGGUUCUGCUCAAGCAUGCAUCACCUGGAUCCUCUCCCGGUGUCUCCCCAUGCAUAGAGUGGAAGAAGCGCCAUGUCAAUGAUUGGUGUUUAACCACCGUGAGGCCACCGCUGCAAUCGAAAGUCCCCAUCCCCAGCCCGGCCAAGCCCGUUACAAUUGCCCCAAAGCCAUCCAUGAAAAAGUCCAAACGGGCCCCCAUCCCCAUGUUCCUGGCAAAAGAUUCUACGGUCACAGAUUUUAACUGUUUAUUAGAUUCCGAGUGGGAUCUUGAGUCCAAGGAGAAGAAUAUGGAGGAGAUCAUUGCCAGGGUUUUUACACGCGUCAACCAGUCCGGCCAAGAGAGCCAAGGCCUAAAAGAAGCUGUCGAAGUGUACAAAGCAAGAAUUGCCGAGCUGGAACAAUCUCGUGACAGCAUCAAUGAGAAGAACAUGAAACUUCGGGUCGAGAUGGAAUCCUUGGCGCAGCAGCUCAACGCAGCAGAGAAGGCUUUGAGGGAUGCACGUAGAGACCAAGAGAUCGCCCUCGAUGACUUAGACCGACAGCACCGCAUAGAGUUGGAGAACACGCGGCAAGAGGGUGCCAAGGAGGUCGAGUCGUUGACGGCUCGAUACGAAGAAGACAUUCGAAGUUUGAAACGGAAAUUUGAACAUGAGAUCGCGGAAGAAAAAGUCGCCCGCGUCCGAGAACUGGGCCAACUCACCUCCCAAUCGGCUUUGGACAUUCAAAGAACCGAGAUGGAGUUGGAUAAGAAGAAUCGCGAGAUUCACGCAGCUCAGUCUCAAAUCCAGACCAUGAAGAAUGACCUGGAUCGAGAGCGAAAAUCAAAUCUUGAUCUUCGGCACAACCUCGAUACGGUCAGCACAAACAGUGUGACUCUGGAAUCAACCAUCCGGGCGCUGAAAGCAAGAAUUGAGUUCCUGGAGGGCGGAAGAGAAGAACAAUCCCAAGCAUUUGAACAUUGCAACCAAAGAAUGAUGGAUGCUCUGGCCGAAACUGAGGCCACGAAGGAGAAACUCCGCCGGGAGGAGACCCUUCGUCGGAAACUUCAUAAUCAAGUGCAAGAGCUCAAGGGUAAUAUCAGGGUUUUUUGCCGUGUUCGGCCACCCUUGAGCAGUGAACCAUCUUCGUCCAUCGCUCCCAUGCAAUAUCCUGACGAGUUUGAGGAUGCCAAGGAGAUCAAUGUGAUGGGCCCUGAAGAGAGGAGUAGCCUGGGAACCGUCUCUCGCAAGAACAACACUUUUACCUUUGAUCGGGUAUUUGGUCCCUCCUCGCAAAACACCGAGGUCUUCGAUGAGAUCAGCCAACUGGUGCAGAGUGCAUUGGAUGGGUAUAAUGUCUGUAUCUUCUGUUACGGUCAGACUGGCAGUGGUAAGACUUAUACCAUGUCCUCGCAAGACGGCAUGAUUCCUCUCGCCGUUCACCAGAUCUAUGAGACCGCUCAAAGUUUAGAGGACAAGGGCUGGCGCUACACGAUGGAAGGCAAUUUUGUUGAGGUGUACAACGAGAACUUGAACGAUCUUCUCGGAAACCCCAAUGAAUUGGACAAGAAAAAGCAUGAGAUCCGCCACGACAUGCAACGAGGCAAGACGUUCAUUACAGACAUCACCACGGUUCAACUGGAAUCUCCCGAGAUGGUUGAAACGAUUCUCAAAAACGCCGCGGCCAACCGAUCAGUUGCUGCCACCAAGGCAAAUGAGCGUUCCUCGCGAUCCCACUCGGUUUUCAUCCUGAAGCUCAACGGCGAGAAUCAUAUCACGGGUGAGCGCAGUGAGGGCACGCUCAACCUGGUUGAUUUGGCUGGAAGUGAACGUCUGAGCCACAGCGGUGUCACGGGCGACCGUCUCAAGGAGACUCAAAACAUCAAUCGUAGUCUCAGUUCGCUCGGCGACGUGAUUGCUGCUUUGGGGCAGGGCAAAGAUGGCGGGCACAUCCCCUACCGGAACAGCAAGCUCACUUAUCUGCUCCAAUUCUCGCUCGGUGGCAACUCCAAGACACUCAUGUUCGUCAUGGUCAGUCCCCUUCAGGCUCAUCUCUCGGAAACAUUGACGAGCUUGAAGUUCGCCACCAAGGUCCACAACACUCAUAUCGGUACCGCUAAGCGCCAGGCGCGUGUUCGCGACCUUUGA